AUGGUCCCUUGGGCCUUUGGCGUGCCUCUUGUCCUCGUUUCUGCUCUGGGUCUUAUUCUCAACGGUUACGUGCUCCUCGUGGUUCUUGGACUUGGCAAACAGACGCAGCAGCAGCAAACUGCCAAUACUUUGUUACUGAUACACUUGGGCGCAGUGGAGGCCGCUGUGUGCCUGAUAUUACUGAUCUUUACUACUGGUUCCUGGCCGAUCGCCGGCACCUGGUGCGUACUCCACGGUUUCCUCCUGACGCUUUUACAUCCUGUCGCCCUUUGGACUGUCACUGGACUGAACUGCGACAGAUAUUACGCGAUCGCUGCACCGUUACAUUACGCCGCAUUAGUAUCACCUCGACGCGUUGCAGUUGGCCUAGCUGCAUCUUGGACAGGGGCUCUGUUUUUGUGCGUGCUGCCCUUCUGGGGCUUGGUACCGCCUUACAGAUACAGUCCAGGAUUGGGCUGCUGCGCGCCGGAUUUCGGCAACGACUCCUGGGGCUUGGCGGCGGCGCUUUACGGGGUGGUUUACGCGAUUCUGGGCCUGGCGUUGCCCGCCAUCCUCGUAACUGUCUGCAAUUUGCGUGUGCUUGGCAUCGCCCGUUACCAUCGGCAUCGCAUCGCCAGCGCAAUUUACGAAGUCACGCUCAGCGCCCAGGCGACCAUCACUCAUCAACGGAAUCCGUUUUUCGUGCCGACUGUCACAGCACCUUCGGUCGUCAGCCCGCCUCGCUUUCACAGCGCGGCCAGGACGGUAAUGCAACUGGUUGGUUCCCUGUACUUGCUCUAUUUCCCGUACUGCGGUCUCAUUCUUUGGGAAGUUUGCGACGUCGGUAAUAAACCGCAUCUCUAUGAUCAUCCGAAAGUUGCUUCAUUGGCCUCGCUGCUACUCGCUUGUUCACCGCCUAUCAACGGUCUACUAUACGGCCUGAAAUCGCAAACACUGAGGCGAUCGGUUCAGAAUUAUUGGAGGAAGAAGGCGACCAAGUCGGAACUUCAACAAGAGAUCCAAGCAAGAACACCGAGCGCAGCAGGAUCGCGAAGACCGUCCGGAAGCGGAACUGGCUCUUUCUUUCCAUUCCCGCCAUUGCAGCGAAGGCUCAGCGAGGCUCUGCUGGCGCUGGGCUCCUGCAGAACCGGAAACAGCUUCGAUAGCAAUAAUCUCGGUUUUCAUCGAAGCAGGUUGCAACCUGCCGCCUCGUGCAAUACACUUCGAGUACCUACUUCCGAAUCAGGGGAAAGCAGCAAAUUAGUUAGGUCUAGCGCGAGUGCAGCUAGCCUGAUGGGUCCUCAUUACAGAAGCGACUUUAUAGGAGCAGACGUAAAUGCCAGCUGUUCUAUAGCAAUGAACGAAACACCGAGGAGGAGUCCGAGGAUCCUUAUAACGAGGGCUUACAGCGAGGAUAGUCAAGAUGGAGGUAGUCCACUACUGAGGAAAUCUAUUCUGGCCAAUGUUCUUCCGUGCGAUAAACGGAGAUGGCGGCAUUGCAGCACCGGAAGCGACAGCAGCACUGGAAGCAGCGAGGCGAGUGUAUGGACGACGGGCGUCGCGCAGAAACUCGCCAAGGCCAAUGCAAAAAGUACAUCGGACAUGUGGCCGGCAUCGAAGAGAUUCACGCGGGGAAAAAAUUUAGAAGAGGGAGCGCUUCUAGUUGGCGCCAGGCCGAGCAAUAACAGCGAGAGCAGCGAUACCACGGACACCACGGCUACCACAACCACCACCACCACCAUGCCCAGCAAGCUGACCGCCAUGGAAAACGGUGGCUAUCGGGAGAAAGAGAAGGGAAAGAUAAACGGCGACAAGAAGGAGAGACAGCAGCACAGCGAGAGCGAUAACAGUUGGAGCAGCGUCGAUGAAGAGAUCGAGCCGAAGGAAAUGGCCGACAAGAGUAUAGAAGAGGAUAAUUUCGAGGAGAAGAUCGAGGAGGAAGCGAACGCAGAAAAGUGCAAGCAAUUGAGGCGGAAAUCGAAAACGAUUCGCAAAUCGGACGUACCUCAGAAUUACAAAGAGGCUGCGCAACGAAGGCCCCUUCUUACCUCGUCGUCUUAAAUUCGGUUCAAUCGAUUGUACCUUUCUCACUGUUUCUGAUUUAUUAUCGUUUCCCCCUCUCCCGCUCACGGAAUGUAAUUUAAUGACCGACACGAUCAUUUUUCAACUUCUGGCUCACUCACAAUCAGUGAAGCAAGAUCGUUGUAUGAAUUUUUUUAUCGAGCGCCGAAGACCCUCUUUCUGCAAGUCCCGGGAAGGGAGUGUUAUUUUUUUAAAAUAAAACGUCGAUCGUCCGCGUACCACUUGGGAAAAGUCGCGGAAAGGAAAGCUAGUCGUAUGCUCGAUAUCAUUCGCAAUGUAUCGAUAUAUCCUGAAAUUAUAUUUUUAUACUUCUGCCCCACCCCCGACAAACCGCGAGAGAAACGUUGACGAGGAGAUCGUGGAUUUUUCGCUGUAAUUGCAGUCAGAUUCUCUAUGCACCACCAUACACGUUAAUUUUCUCGACGAAAAAAGAACUCGUUCGACCCGUGUGAAGCCCGAAGGAGGGACAAAUUGUUUCGUCCUCGUACGAGCGUCGCGCGACUCUCAAAGAAAGUUUACGCGCGUGAGGAAGCUCGUUGUAAUAAUUUUCUUUGUCACCUCGCGACAAAAGUUUCGUAGUGGAUCUCUCGGCGAUCGCUGGCUCGCCUGUAGGAGAAAACUUUGGCGACAAAUGACCGUGACACCCGAGAAAGUUCUCGCCACGAUAAGAAAAAACUCGAUUAAAUCGACGAAAGAUUCCGAGAAACGAUCCAACCGAUUUCGGGAUCGUUGGCUUGUUUCGACGAACAACAGUGUCUAGUGUUAGGGCAAUAAUUUUUUCCCACCGUUUUUGCUGAUGUUCCUAAUUCACGGAUUCGUGAAAAACAGAAGCGUAUUUAAUAUACGAUGACAGUUGUAUAUUUAACUGUUUGAGGUUUAAAUGAUUUGACGAGACGAAUAGAUGAUAUAUUUAUCUAUGGAUAACAAUUUCAUUUCGUUUCAUCAGGAAUAUUUGCACGCGCUCAGAAG